UCCGAUACUGUAUCACUGUAGUGUUCUAAUAAGAGACGGAACAUACUAUAUCUCUCUUAGUUUUAAAUCAUCGUAAAGGUCCAUGUAAUAGGACAAUUUGCUACAUUUUGAAUUCAGACUCGCUAUAUCGAAACUGCAGUAUGUACAAGACUCAUGGCUUCACUCGGGAUCAUGCCACCCCUUCACUAUACUCGAAUGAUUUGAAUGAGAGCGCUGACAGUUCUCGAUGGGAAGAUAAGGAAAACAGGAACGACGCGAGCAGGUGGCGUCAGCCAAAGUCGAAACCACAAAAUAAAGAGCUGACUGAAGAAGGAAAAUUGACAUACCGCCAGAAGCAAAUCGACUAUGGGAAAAACACGAUUGGAUACGACAACUACAUUCGCGCUGUUCCUGUCCACAAACGUGACAAGCGCAACCCCAAGCUGCACCCGCGCACACCGGAUAAGCGUGUUGAGAACAUGUCCACCAAACGCUUUGCUAGUCAUCUCAGAACAUGGCGGAAGGCACUUCAUCAGUACGACGAUUGGAGCCCGCCCUCGACAGCGGCGACGAUUACAAUCGCAAAGGCAACACAUGCAGAACGUGCGCCUAGAACAGCUCUGGGAGUGGCCCGUUCCGCAUCCAGUGCACUGUUUCCCAGUAAUGAGAAAAUACCAACUGUAGCGUGCACUAUGGUUAGUGCUUUGAGAAUGGAUUUAUCGGCUGAAAAAUACUUUGAAGAGGAUGAGGAUGAAGAGGACUUGGACAUUGUGCCCAUGUGUAUGCUGCCAGACUUGGAGAAUAUGGAUGAAGAGGGCAGCAAUGUCAUAGUACCAGCGGACGACAAGACGGACGUCACGUACAAGGAAAACGUAUCCGCCGGCACGGCUGAGAGUAACAACCAGAACGAAUGUAAUCCGAACGAUUCGAGUUGCAUUUUCACAUCAGAUAGUUUUUAUGUAGAAGGAUUAGAGGAUAUAUACUAGUUUUGUUUAGAGGAUAUAUACUGAUUUGGGGUGGAAAUUCUAUAUAUACAUUUUAAUUCGGGAGUGAUAAAUCGCGGGACACUCUGUACUCUUAAACACGCCGUUGUACUAGAUGAUUUGCAAGGACGGAUACACGAUAAUACGCAUAGCAAGAAACCUAUCGACAGUGAUCUAAAAGGAUUGAUUUGCCUACGCAUGAACUUACUAGAGGUAUACAGACUUGUUGUAGCAACACACUUGCGGUAUUCGUAGCGCAGCGCGGUCCUUAUGGACCAAUGUAGCUAAUACAAACGAGCAACUUCCGUCGCAUCAAUAGCCUCUCGCAAAAACCGUUAUAUCUGAACGCAGGGAUGCGCAUCUUGUGGGUUUAGACACAUACUAAAUGGGCUAUCCCGUUAGUCACAAUCUCGAGUGCGAUGCGGUUCAUUCGCAAUUUUUUCCCCAUGUGAGGGUUCUCGCUCGCGUAGAAUUCCUGAGUCUGAGCGAGGACGCAACACAUCACCAAGCAGGCGGUUAGUCCCUGGUUUUAGACCAUCUUGCUGGAUUAUCCGCGGGUCACAAUAAAAAGACAACAGGAUUGAAUACUGGAAUUCACA